UAUGGUGGACGUUAGCCCCACCAGCACCCGCCUGCAGCUGCUGGAGCCCUUUGACAAGUGGAACGGCAAGGACCUUGAGGACCUGCAAGUGCUGAUCAAGGUGAAAGGCAAGUGCACCACAGACCACAUCAGCGCCGCUGGCCCCUGGCUCAAGUUUCGCGGUCACCUCGACAACAUCUCCAACAACAUGCUCAUUGGAGCAAUCAAUAUUGAGAACGACGCGGUCAACAAGAUCAAGAACCGGCUGACGGGAGAGUACGGGGGCGUGCCUGACGUGGCUCGCCACUACAAGGCUAACGGUCUGUCGUGGGUGGUUGUGGGGGAUGACAACUACGGGGAGGGCUCGAGCAGAGAGCACGCAGCCCUGGAGCCCAGACACCUGGGAGGCAGGGUCAUCCUUGUCAAGAGCUUUGCCAGGAUCCACGAGACYAACCUGAAGAAGCAGGGCAUGCUGCCCUUGACCUUUGCCGACCCCACCGACUAUGACAAAAUCCGCCCCGAUGACAAGAUCUCCAUCACAGGCCUCGCAACCUUUGCCCCCGGMAAGCCCCUGAAGGGAGUGGUGAAGCACGGUGACGGCAGCCAGGACAUCAUCACCCUGAACCACACCUUCAACGAGAACCAGGUUGAGUGGUUCCGCGCCGGCAGCGCCCUCAACAGGAUGAAGGAGCUUCAGUAACUGAAGGGACCCAGGGGGGUUCGGAGGGGCGGAGGAGCACAGAGAGAGGCGGACCUGGAGAUACUGAGGGGGAGGGGCUGCAUAGACGUGGGAAAUGGGCGGUAGCAGCCUGCAUAGCGUAAACACACACCCCAUGCUGCUGUACAGAUGAAAUGCUUGCGCACACAUACAGGAUUACUGUCAAAGCUCUCCCCACAGACAGGUAGAGCUGUAUACGCACACACAAGCUCUGACAUAACACACACAAGAACCCUUGUCUUUGUUUCAGCAUAGCAUUUAAGUGUUCCCGUUCUAGGCAGCACUGCUCUUGUUGGCAGUCCUCCGUUUGUGUAAUCACGUUUGUCACGCUUCUUGCUAUUGACUGUAGUGCUGCAGUAUUCAAUUCACUCUUACCUCACAAACACACUGCUAGCUCUCCAUAUCUGGUCUGUAGCUUGAAUCCUUCUCACGUUCCUUUCCCUGUCUUAGUUGUUGUGUUAAGCUGUGUACCUGGACCACCACUUGUUUCCUCCAAUACAGACAGAGCUGGUUAACACAGUUGCACAUUUUAAUUCACUGAAUGUAUCCCUCUCAUUCCCAGGAUUUCCAACUCUUGUUAGUUCACUAUUGCUGCUGGUAAAGAUUAAUGUGAAUAUUUGUUUAGGUAAGUCCACCAUAGUUCUAGUGGGCCUCAGGAGCUGCACAUUUUUCCUGUGACUGACCUGAAUUGAUCCGUUUUAGUCAUUUGAUUAGACAGCAAGUCGCUUAACCUGGUUACCCAGGCCGAGUAACUGUUCACAUAGUAGACUAAAGGCAUCAAUGUAACCAUUAGAUUAUGUGGCCCCAGAACCAGGUUGUAGUGACAAGGUCAAUCCUUCUACAGAGUGUAGUGUAAUCAUAUACUUUUUUUUGGUAGGGUUUUCCUUUUCCGGUGUUUCUCUUGACCCAAAAUCAAUUUUAACCCACGGAAUUUGGUGUACCGUUUGUCACUCCUUUGCAUUCCACACGUUAACUCUCAACCGCUGCUUUCUCCACGUGCUCUAUUUGUUUCUACUUGAGGGCUAUUGCAUGAAAUGAUAUUAGAUCCUAGCAGCCCUUUUCUGUGUGUCUCUGUAGGUGGGAGUAAAAUGCUACAUACUGCUGUGUUGUACUAGUCUUGCCAUUACUUUCCAUGUGCGUGUCCAUAUAUGUUAGCUAGCUAAUCAGACCAUUGCCUGUCCAUAUCCCUGUCUGGCUUUGUGCUGCUCCUCUGUCCUUGCUAAUUCCAAGGCUCCACGCACAGCUUGAGGGACCUCCUCUUACAAAAUGAACGAACAAUCUAGUGUCCAGGCGGCUGUACACUAGCGCUAUAUGUAGUAGUAUUGUAGACACUCAUCCACGCUUUCACUUAUGCAUCGCAAAUGCUGCACUCCAUAGCAUCUUAAAGCAAGGGUGUGAUUUUAAUUUGAAAUAACAGAAUACGACAAAUGUAAUUUGAGAAAUGUAUACCAUUAUCUGAUUCAGGUUAUUACAUUUGGCUAAAACUCUUGCCAUUUUGUAUCUACAUUUUGCCACUUAAAUGGUACAUUGUGUGUUUGAGGAUAUUGCAGCUAAGUCUUAUAAAGUGUGACUGUUUAAGUUGGCUUUGGGGGGCCAUGACCACCUAUUCGUUGUCUUCUCGUCACUAAGUACUAAUUUACUUUAAAGUAAGUUCUAAUCAAAGUAUUCAUGGGAAUACUUUGGAGAUUGGACUGGCCACUUCCAUUAAAUCCAUUGGUCAUGGUGCCAAGAUGAUUAAUGUUGCUAUCAAAUCAACAUUUGUUUUCAUGUCAGUUUAUUUUGCUUAUCAAUGAUGAACUGAAGAGCUAACUAUCUCAGUUUUUGUAGUUGCAGUAGGGUGUAAUGAAAGUAGAAACGCAAUGCCUAUUUUUGUCCACUAGCAUAUGGUCUUCAUUGACAAUCUAUUCAGAUGAAUAGCAAUGGCUCUGUUAAACCCAAAUGUAUUUAAAGGAACUUGGUUUGGGCCUGUGUGUAAAUCAUGUAAUAUAGAGGUGUACAUAUGCACUAUGUAAAAUGGAGAGAGGGUGGGCAGUAGCUGCCUGGUUGAAUGCAGAGCCUUUUGUUCUCUGAUAAACCCACUGUAACAAACUAAUCAUUUAAUCUCAUCAAUUAUCUUUUAUUAAACUGAAGCCUAAAAUAGUUUAUCCAUUUCCCCCCUCCCCAAUCUAAGGGUUUCACAACUAGUCAAACCAAUAAACAGGUGGUUGGAGGUUUUAAAUGAAAGGUAAAUUAUUGUUCAAGCAUUAAAGUAGGGUUGUACUGUACGUCUCAAUGUUUUGUCACUCUUGGACCUGUGCUGUACAGUGGUCCGUCUUUGUAUGUUGCACACUGGUGUGCACCCAGGUGAAUGUUGGAGUUGUCAAUGUAAAGGGAGCGACUGGUCAGGUGAGACAUGCCUAGGUUUUGUUUUAAAGUUAUUUGAUGCAGAUGAAGGAACCCCUGAUUUGAAACAGGAUUGGCUCCAGAUCAUGCAACUUUAACCCAUGUAUGCGGUUUAGAGACCAUUAACCAACUUGUUAUACACUGUCAUAAUCAAUACUAAUUCGUCAUUUGCUCAACCUUAACUUUGCUAACACGUUGCUGAUGAAUUCUCUCUGAUCUGUCUACUGAAGUUAAUCACCAAAGAUGCCUCAUGAAAAUGCCCCAUUUACAUACUAAAACAAACAUAAGUGUUGUUACAAAGGUUUGCCAUUCUGUUUCAUUUCUUCAUGUCAAUGAACCCCAUGUUUGAGUAUGAAGAUGACCAGUGUAAUGCCAGCAGCAUUUAAGUUUGUCAAUUGUGUGGCUUUUAAUAAAGAAAUUCUUAAAUUCACAAGUAUUUAAUGCAGUCUCUAAAUGGAACUGUUCCUUUGUACAUUGUAAUUCAUAAGGAUAACAGCCACCCAUGAAGCAGGCUGCUUAUACUGUGAUGUAAUAUACAAUAUGUUGAUCCCUGGUUCAAAUCUGUGAGUUUCUGAAAUGCUACUGUAACGUGACAAAGCAAAUGCUUAGCUCAUUUUAAGUUGUCUUCAGUAAAUCCAAAACCUGAACUGCUUUGUUUUAUUGGCCUAGCUAUUUCUUUUCCAUUUUGAAACACUGUCAAUGACUGACUUCAUAAGAAUGCUAAUUUUGUUCAGACACUGCAAACAAUUAAAUGUAGAAACCCAUUGAUGGGCAUUAUUCAAUUUAAUGUAAUCUCAAGUGGUUAAUUCCGCUUGACUGAUUUCCAUAUUUGUUUUGAUUUUUAAAGUUUGUUUUGUAUUAGAUUUGAAUGCUUGGAGUUUCAUAGCGUACAAGAUUAAAAAGAGAUUUUAGGAUA